GGUCGGAUUAGGUCAGUGCUCUGUACAAAAGGGUCCGACGGCCUCGUCGGAUGCUUAACUUUCUCCCCUAAUCUCGAUCUGCUUUGACUGCCAAUUUCUGUUGUGUUGAGCAGAUUCCGAGCACAAUCGAUCGCGAAUCAGAUUGACCCACCAUGGCCGGAGACGAGGAGAAGGAGGUGAAGACCGUGAGUGAGACCACGACGACGUCGGAAGCUACUGAGGAGGAAACAGAGGACUCUUCGAAGGUCACGGGAGAAGAGGAAGACACUGGCGCCCAGAUCGCUCCAAUCGUGAAGUUGGAGGAGGUCGCUGUUAGUACUGGAGAGGAAAAUGAGAACGUGCUGAUUGAUAUGAGAGCUAAGUUGUAUCGUUUUGACAAGGAAGGAACGCAAUGGAAGGAGAGGGGCGUUGGGCAAGUGAAGCUUCUAGAGCACAAAUCAACUAAAAAGGUUCGCCUCCUCAUGCGACAAAAUAGGACCCUCAAGAUCUGCGCUAACCAUAUGGUCACUGCAUCCACUCAAUUGCAAGAGCAUGCGGGUAGCGAUAAAUCUUGGGUCUGGCAUGCCCAGGAUUACUCAGAUGGUGAACUGAAGGAGGAGCUCUUCUGCAUGCGUUUUGGAAAUUUUGAAAGUGCUCAGAAAUUUAAGGAUGUAUAUGAGAGUGCUCAAGAGAAGGUGUCAGGGACCACAGAGGAGAAGGAUGAGGAGACUGACAGUGCAGCAGAUUUGAUGGGCAAGUUGAGCGUGGAAUCUAAGUCUGAUGACGCUGCUGUACCUGAAAAAGCUGACGUGACAAAAGAUUCUUCUUAGUACUAUCAAACUAGAACUAGUUAAUUUGUGGGAACCUCUUAUUAGUGUUCAUAAGUAGUGCGCAAGUUUCUCUGAAAGUUCUGUUUAACUGCUUUUGGCAGCGUGUAUCACACUCCAGUCUAGGUGCUCAAAUGUCAGCUUAUUUCUGGACGAAAGCAGGAUAUCAUAUGGUGGGUCAUUGCUUAAUCUCAGGUCAAUGUUACUGACGUAUUGGUUUUCAUACAAGUUGCAACAUCUUUUUAACAUUCUGAUUGCUUUUA